ACAACGUCAGAUCCAACACCACUGACGUCAGAGAAAAGGCACUUGAAAUACAUGAAGCAGAGAGCAGCUGUCCAACACCCGAAUCACCAUAUUCGUCACCCGAUCCAAAGAGGCUUGAAGAGGAGUUAUCAUAUGCAGCAAUGCGGGUUGAUCAGUUCAUUGCUGAUCUCAAGUAUACCGACGUCAGUGAGUACAACAUCAAGGACUUGCGUGAACUGGUGUUCUUGGACAUAUGGGACUUUGCAGGACAGCGCUUGUUCUCAGCACUUCAACAUAUGGUUCUGUCUUCAAGGCGCUGUGCUUAUGCAGUCGUCUUCGAUGCCUCCAAGCCGAUGGAAAAAGUAGCCGAGCCAACACUUUGCAGAGAUGGUGAAGAGUACCGGCUAGACAACAGUCAAGGUUCCACCAACUUUGACAUCAUGGAAAGCUGGUUGAACACAAUUCAUCAUGUUAUCGGUGAUGACCCAGACGUACCAGUUUACGCUAUUGGCACGCACAUCGACAAGCUUCCGCGCAAAACUCGCCAGCAAUCGCUUGACAAGAUGAAGAAAUACAUCUGCACCAAUGCUGAGGAAAGAGCGUAUGGUUUCAAUCUUGAUGAUGUAGUGUUUGUUGACAACACUGUUGCUGGCAGCAGGGAUCCAGAUGAAACCAUCAUUCGUCUACGACAGGAUUUCAUUGAGAAAUUGGAACCGCAGUUCAAACAGCCCAUCCCCAUUCGCUGGCUGCCAUUCACCAUUGGUACAAAGGAAGUAGCAAAGAAAUUCAAAUGCCCAUGGCUAACAAUUGAGCAAAUCUACCGCCUUGCUAGCACGGUGUGUGGUGGUGAUGCUGGGAACAGUCACUCUCAGUCUGUUGAUGUGGAGGCCAUGUUGAAGUACCAACAUCACCUUGGCCAUAUUCUCUACUACCCAGAGAACCGAAUCCUGUCAUCCAAAGUCAUCGAUGUGGAAUGGCUGCUGAGAAUCGCAUCACUACUCUUUUGUCCCGAGCCGAAGAUUGAGCAGGGCAAACGUCUUCGCAAGCUCUACGAUCUGCUGACAAGCAAGGGAGUCUUGCUGGAGCGUCUGAUUAUUCACCGCUGGCAACAACACAGCAAGCAAACUGCAAUGUACACCAAGACAGAAGAGCAACGUGACUAUCUGUAUGAGCUGAUGGAGCAAUCUGGUCUCAUGUACAACACAAAGACCAGUAUGAAGAUCCCUGACCGAGAGGAAGAGUCACGCAAGUUCUACGUCCCAGCCCUUGUAAGCCGGAUGCCUGAAGACAGCGCUGCUUUGCUAUUGGAGGAGUCUGCACCAACCAUCUACCUGUACACAGGAAGUUGCAACUACUUGCCACAGACACUGUUCUGGUGUGCCGUGGUAAGGUGCAUGCAGAAGUAUCGACCACGUCAUGAGCCACUUCUCUACCAGUCUGCUGCUCGGCUGAGAUGUUAUGGACACUAUUGGCUUGUUCUGGAGUACUUCAACCACGGCAUUCGAAUCUCCAUAUCUGCUGAAGACUCGUCUAUCUCUACCAUUGGAAGGUUGGGAUCAGAAGCUCAUCCAGCUGAUCUUCCUGAGAUGUGUACGGAGGCACUGCUGUAUGUGGAGGAGCAGCUAGAAGAUCUGAAGAAAUUCAGUCUUCGGCAUGUCAGUACUAGCCGAGCAGUGCGGUGCAAGUGUCCCAUCAACCAACGUCCUUGUCAACGUCAUAAGAAGAAGUCCUGUCCACGGACAUCAUGCCAUCACUUUGCAGAGCUGGUGGAUGGAGAAGUUCCACAAUGUCCUCUGGAGUCACAGCCCAGUGUGGAUGCCGGUCCAGUUUUGCAGUACUUCAAGUGCAUCCCGUUCCACUAUCGGCUGCAAGCAUCUUGGAAACAUUGAUGAUUGGGAGGACUUCACAGCUGCUCUUGAACCAUUGCUGGAUGACAAUGCAAGAGGAAAGCUGGGCAAGGUUGCAGUCAAACUGGUGGACAAGAAUCUGAAGAAUAACUAUCGAAAUGUCCUUGAUCAGUUCCAUGAAAUGAACCAAAGAACGAUCACUGGCAGUGGACAUGGAGUCACUAGCGUAUUCUGUAUCAUCCUCUAUCUGAUUAAGAAGAAACAAGAGCUGACCAUUGAUGAGUUGUGUGCACAGUUGGAGGACAGUGCUCCGGAGAAUCGCAACCUGAUCCGCACAGCUCUCCUUGAGGCAGAAUACACGGAAUAGCUGUGUUGACAGGUAGAAGGCAGUGGACACAAGCACCAGGAUGCUGGUUAUCGAGAUGUCAGCUCCGUGUGGUUUUGCCGGAUUCAAGCGGGCUCUUUGUACGCUGGCUUUGUUGCAUGUUCUGUGCUGCACAUUGCUCCCCAGGCACAGUGGAAUGAUAGUGUACAUAGUUUUGAACUCAUCGGCACGGUACACUCGUGCGAGUACUUGAGCGUUUUGAACUAAUAUUUUACUUGUCUCCUCAGUCUAUGCACGUGAUCAUACUGAAGUUGGUAGUUGAUGUUCUAAGAAUUCCGAGUUUGCUGUUGCAUUUUCCCUGCAAUCAAAUCCAAGCUAUUUGCUAGGCUAUAUUGCCCGUUGAGUUGCCGGUUGAUUUCCAGGGUCAUAUGCUGCCCUGUUUUCUUUCUGUCGUCGCCUAUUCAUUUUCCGAGACACGGCCUGAUCCCCGAACCGGGUCAAAUCCUUUAUUCAUGUACAUGUAAGUACUUGACAAACAUUCUACAUAGUUAUACAUGUACUCAUGCUGUA